AUGGUCUUGCAUCUACUGGGUAAAAAGUCCUGGAAUGUAUACAAUACCGCCAAUGUCGAGCGCGUGCGCAAAGAUGAAGCAGAAGCUCAGGCGCGUGAAGAGGCGGAAGAGCAGCGCAUGCAAGAAGAAGAUGCACAGCGCCGAAUUGCUCUGCUGAGAGGCGAGGAGGUUGGGCCAGUUCAGCAACGUGCAGAGCUCACGGAUGAUGUCUCGCAUCAGAAGAGGCGCAACAAACAUGACGAGGAUCAACGAGAUCGCAAGCGUAGACGGCGAGGCGAAGACGACACUGAUCGCGACAUCAGACAUGCCAGACAGGACACCGAAGCUGGUCAGAAAGCCACACGAAGUCUGCUCCGAGAGCGCGAGAAGGAAGCGCCUCUGCAGGAUCAUGCUGGUCAUAUUCAACUUAUCCCCGCGCCAGACGAGGUUACUAUCCGCAAAGCAGAGAAGAAUGCGGAGGUAGAAGCUGAGAAGGCCAAGAAGCGGAAGAGGGAAGAGGAUCAGUACAUGAUGAAGUUUAGCAACGCGGCAGGCUAUCAGAAUGGUAUGCAGAAGCCGUGGUAUGCAGCUGUCAAAGACGCCGCUCCUCCCAAGGAUCUGGCGCUUGCAGAAGCUCAAGGUAAGGAUGUAUGGGGAAAUGAAGAUCCUCGAAGGAAGGAGAGGGAACGUGGGAGGAUAUCAUCGUCGGAUCCCUUUGCAGCGAUGCAGCAGGCUCAGCGGCAGCUCAAGCAAAGUGCUCAUGAUCGAGAGGUGUGGCAGAAAGAGAGGCAGGCCGAAAUCGAGGUAAUGAAGCGAGAUGAUGCGCGGAAGGAGGAGGGUCGGCGGAGAGCAGACAGUCUUGAUGAUGGCUUCGCUUUGGACGCGCCGCCGGAGAGGGAGCGGAGUCGUCAUCAUCAUGGUAGGGAACGCAAGCAUCGCCAUCAUCACCGGCGCCGCCAUCGCAGCCGUAGUAGGUCGAGGGAGCAUGGCAGGCACCGCCGGCGUGACGAGACCAAGUAG